AGGAUUGCACUUUCUUCACACGAAAAGAAAUCCUUCGGUUACACGGGAGGUUCUAUGAGCUGGCUCCUAAUAUUGUGCCUAUGGAUUAUACAGAUGAUCCAGAUGUCAAACUGCCCAUACAACUUAUCAUUAAUAUGCCUGAGCUUAUGGAAAACCCUUUCAAGGAGAGAAUUGUACAGGCAUUCUCAGAAGAUGGGGAGGGCAAUCUCAGCUUCAAUGACUUUGUAGACAUGUUCUCUGUGAUGAGUGAAAUGGCUCCCCGUGAGCUGAAAGCAAUCUAUGCCUUUAAGAUCUAUGAUUUCAAUACAGAUAAUUUUAUUUGUAAGUCUGAUCUGGAGAAGACUCUUAACAAGCUGACACGAGAAGAACUGGAAGAGGAAGAGGUGACAUUGGUAUGUGAGAAGGUUAUUGAGGAGGCUGACAUGGAUGGUGAUGGCAAAUUAGCAUUUGCAGACUUUGAGAAUAUGAUUUCGAAAGCCCCAGAUUUUCUCAGGUAAUAUGCCAAGUAA